AUGAAAGGUGUAUUGGAGGAUCGCCUCAUACACCAAUGUCUAGACAUUGUUCUCAAAUCACUCAAGCAGGCUGCUCGAAAGGGCAUCAUGUUAUCUGACCCCAUUGGGCAGAGUCGUUACUGUUUCACUGCACUGGCAAGUUAUAUUGCUGACACCCCGGAAGCCAUGAUGCUGGAGACUGUCGGUGGAAAGAUGUCACCAGUGACCAUGGCAAUGUACAAGCAUUUUGGGGAUGACUUCCAGCAUGAACCCCGCAUGAAAUCAAUGACUCUUGCGCAGCUUGCCAUUGUCCACUCACAUGCCAAUCUCCUUGACCUUGAGGCUUUCUUCUGUGAAGUGCAGAAGUUUUGUCUGAAUGGUGUUGCCAAACUGUUCUUUCAGGACUGGAUACUCGCAGAGCCCUCCCAUUUCUUUACACCAGAAUCCCUACACCACUUGCAUAAGGAAUUUUUCGACCACAAUGCAUAA